AUGAAGUCAACAAAAAUUGGCAUUCUCAUUAUUAUAUUGAAUUCAUUUGUGAUAUGUGUAAAUAGUUUGAACAAUUUUAUUGACAAUUUUGAGACUUUGAAUUAUCGAUCGACGCAUGUGGCGAAUCAGGUGACAAGAAGAAAACGAUCGAUUAGUGAGAAUUAUAAUGAGCCAAUUGGAUUGCGAUUUAAUGCCUAUAAUCGGUAAGGUUUUGGGAUUUUGAAAGGGAAAUUUUGAAAAAUUCAUGGAUUUUUAUAUUUGAAAAAAAUAUCUUUAAAAACUUGAUUUUUUGACAAUUUUCCUUAACAUGAGUCAUCAUGUUCGCCAUUUUUGGGUAAACAAAGAUGAACAAAAAACAACACAUCACUUUCCUCAAAUAUUUGAGCAGAAAACAAAAAGAAGAUGAAAGGAGCGCGAAUCGGAUGAGUGAUUUCAUAAAAUUUUAUUUUAUGAGCAUUUUUUUCUCACAAACGAUGUGAAUAAUAAUAAUGUUGAGAUGGGGAAAACAACAGAUUUCUGUUAUGGGGAAAAUGAGGGUUUUUCCAAGUUCUCAGAAAUUUGAAUCGGGGUCUAGAAGGCCAAAAAAUAGUUCUAAACAUUAGAUAACCGACAAACUUCCAGAACCUUCCAUGUGCAACUCUAUCCAAUCGAUGAUUCAACCGGUCUAUUUCACAUCGAUCAUUUAGCUGAUGUCAACGGCGAAUUCGCCGACAUCAAACCCAGCCAUUUUUUAUACGAAGGACAUUUAAAAGACGAUCCACAAUCAUAUGUUCACGGUAGUUUAUUUGAUGGUGUUUUUGAAGGACAUAUCCAAACUGGAAAUGGUCGACGAUUCACAAUCGAUAAAGCUGCAAAAUAUUUCGAAGCACAAGAUCGACCAACAAAUUAUCAUUCAAUUAUUUAUCGAGAUGACGAAAUAAAUCAUCGAAAAUGGCGGGUUAAACGAGAUGCGGAGACAUUGAAAAGUAAUAUUCAAGAAGGUUGUGGAUUAAAUGAUCGAAUGAAAAGAGAGAUGAGCGAAGUUCAGGAAUCUGGAGAAUAUCAACAAUAUUCAUUGAGAAGUGAUGGAGAUUCAAGUGAUUUUUAUACAAAUUAUAUGACAAUGAAAGGAAGAUCGAAAAGAUCAACAAGAGAUGAACGAGGAUUAUAUUCAGUUCGAACAUGUUCUUUGUAUAUGCAAGCUGAUCAUAAAUUAUAUGAACAUAUUCGAAUGAAAGAGGGAAAUAAUGAUCCGAUUCGAACGAGAGAAGAAAUUGUUAGCUUGUUUUAUAAUCAUAUUAAGGCAGUUAAUGAAAUUUAUGAGAGUACGAAUUUUAAUGGAAUCAAAGGAUUGCAUUUUGUCAUUCAGAGAACUUCGGUGAGUUUUUUUUUUGAAGGGAGACGGGAUUUUUCAUUCUUGAAAAUUUUGAAAAAAAAUACAGAAUAGUAUUUUAUUAGAGACAACGUAAGAUUUAGAGAGUUCAGAGAACAUUAGUUUUUCCAACAAACUAAUUUUCUGUCUAAACUCUCUCAAUUUUACCAAAAAUAUUUUUUCAUUCCUAAUUUGAAAAAAAUAAAAUACAAAGAAUUUUCAAGGAAAAAAUACAAAAUAUUUCGAAGAUAUUUUUAAAGCUGAAUUUGAAACCCAUACAUCGGUUUCUCCCGGUCAAGGUCUCAAAAUUAGCUACCCCCGGAAUGUGAAAAUACAAAAAUUAGCCAGACCCCCUCAAAAAAAAGAGAAGAAACUUGGUUUUUGGGGGUAAAUUGCUAUUUUUCAAAAAGUUAGCCGGUCCCCACCCCUUUUUUCCAAAGUUAGCCAGACCCCCUCCGGACGAAAAUCCGGGGAUACUGAUGUAUGUUGAAACCCGAAAAGGUGACAAAUCACAGUUUUCUCUAAAUAAAUUUUUUAAAUCCUUGAAUUCAAAACUGAAAGUUUCCAAGAAGUUUAACCGUAAAUUAAUGUUCCCUUUCCAGAUUUACACGACUGAAACUUGCGAACGCGGAAAAGCACGACCCGGCUCAGACAAUCCAUUUUGUGAAGACAAUGUUGAUGUUUCGAAUUUUCUGAAUCUCAAUUCACAACGAAAUCAUUCAGCAUUUUGCCUGGCUUAUGCACUGACUUUUAGAGAUUUUGUUGGUGGAACUUUGGGUUUGGCUUGGGUGGCAAGUCCACAAUUUAGUGAGUUUUUUGAGGCGGAGGGAUUUCGGGAAAUAAUUAUUUUAAAAAAAGAUCUGUGCUAAAAAAUUCUCCAGAUUUUUCUGCUGAGAUUCUUGAAAAACAAUAAUUUUUUCGUUAAAAAAUUGAAAAAUUAAUUUUAAAAAUUGUAAAACAUUUUGAUUUCCUGAAAAAUCUUCUUGUCUGAAUUUUUCACGUGGAAAAAUCCUUUUUAAUGAAAUUAUAAAAAUAAAUGAAAUCCUUUUCAUUUAACAAAACACAAGCUUAUGAUUAUAAAUAUUUCUGUACCUUCUAUAAACCUGAUUUUUCCAGACACUGCUGGUGGAAUCUGCCAAGUCCAUCAAAGAUACAACGAGGGAAGUCGUGGUUGGGUUCAUCGAUCUCUAAACACUGGAAUCGUAACCCUCGUAAAUUAUGGAAAUCGUGUACCUGCCAGAGUCUCUCAAUUAACUCUCGCUCACGAAAUUGGCCAUAAUUUCGGAUCACCUCACGAUUUUCCAGCUGAAUGUCAACCCGGACUCCCUGAUGGUAAUUUCAUUAUGUUUGCCUCUGCAACAUCUGGAGAUAAACCGAAUAAUGGGAAAUUCUCGCCGUGUUCGAUCAAAAAUAUUUCGGCAGUUUUGCAAGUUGUAUUACAAUCGAUGCCAGUUGAUCCAACUCGAAAUGCAAAUCCAGUUGGAUUGGGAAAACGAAAUUGCUUCCAAGAACGAACUUCGGCAUUCUGUGGAAAUCAAAUAUUUGAACCUGGAGAGGAAUGUGAUUGUGGAUUUUCGCAAGCGGAUUGUGAUCAGAUGGGUGAUAAAUGUUGUGUUCCACAUGAAGGAAGAGGAUUUGGCGGACCUGGACCAUGCAAGAGAAAACCUGGUGCACAAUGUUCCCCAUCACAGGGAUAUUGUUGUAAUUCGGAGAGUUGUUCUCUACACAGAAGAGAAGAGGAAAAAAUCUGCCGACAGGAAUCGGAAUGUUCACAUCAUCAAACUUGCGAUGGCCGAGGUGCUCAAUGUCCACCAUCUCCACCAAAAUAUGAUGGAUUACCAUGUCAAGAUAGCACAAAAGUAUGUUCGAAUGGCACGUGUAGUGGAUCGGUUUGCGAAUUGUUUGGAUUGAAGGAUUGUUUCUUGACGGAAGGAAAGCCCGAUGAAUUGUGCUUUUUGGCGUGUAUCAAGGAUGGAAGUGAGUUUUUGAGGGAGGAUUUCUGAAAAAAAAAACAUCUGAAAAAAUUGGAUUUUUUUCCUCUCCAAGUUAUGAAGACUUCUGGAUGGAAAAAUUUUAUUCAAAAUUUAGAUUUUUAGCUGGGUUUAAACCUAAGGGAUUUCCAAAUAUUAGAAAAUUCAGUGCUUCGUUAGAAAAUUUGAGAUUUCUAGUCAAAGAUUCAGAUUUUGCUGAAAUUUCUUAUGAAAUGUUAGAUUUUCUCUACCCAAAUUUCAAUUUUUUACUUAUUUUCAGCUUCUUACAAAAAUUUUAAGGUUUCAGAAUUUAACCAACUUUUGAGCUAGAUUUUGGGCGUUUUGAUCUGAAAUCGAUACUUUCUCGAUCUCGUCCCCGAAAAAUCCCCAAAACCCUCCAAAAAAAUGUUCGCAGCGAGCAGGGAUCGAACCUACGCGGGCAAUGCCCAAUAGGUUUCAAGUCUAUCUCCUUAACCACUCGGACAUCGCUGCACAUUUUUCCGUGCCCAAUUUUUCGUUUCUCUCUCAUUUCUCUCAAAAGCAUUUUGCAAUUUUUUCCAGAAUGCACUUCAAGUAUUCAUUUGAGUGAAUUCGCCACAAAUCGAUCAACAUUUUUGCAAUCGGGAAGAAAAGGAAAAUCUGGACUCAUUCUACAUCCCGGUUCACCUUGCAAUAAUUACAAAGGAUAUUGUGAUAUAUUCAGAAAAUGUCGAAGUGUUGAUGCAAAUGGACCAUUAGCAAGACUCAAAAAUUUACUUUUUGAUAAGAAAACGAUUGAAACUCUGACACAAUGGGUUCAGGACAAUUGGUGGAUUGUUGUGUUGGGAGGAAUUGGAUUUUUGGUGAUGAUGGCAUUGUUUGUCAAAUGUUGUGCUGUUCAUACACCGAGUACGAAUCCCAAUAAACCGCCGGCUUUGAAUAUUUAUCAGACGUUGACUAGACCUGGAACACUUUUGGUAAGGAUUUUGGGAAUUUUGAGGGUUUGGGACAAUCGACAAUUCGAGGUUCAAUUAGAGAUUUUGAUUUCUGAGCCAUAAAUUGUCCAGUUAUUCUGUAGAAGUUUCUAAAAGUUUUCCAUAGCAUAUUGUUUAAAAUUAUUAUCUGAAAAUAUCGAAAAAGUGGUUUUUUUUUUUGGAAAAUAAUAUGGAUUUCUUUAAAUUCGGAAUAAAAUUAUUGAAACAUUUUUUUGAAAUUUUCACUGUUUCAACUUUUUUAUGUCUAUGAAAUUGUUCUCCAUAAUUCUUCUGAUAAAAAUCUCAUGAUGACACAAUUUUUAAAAAAUAAUUCUAAAUUUUUUACUCUUUCAAGAAUUGAUAAGAUUUUUUUCGGAAUUCUAACAUUUCCGAUUGUUUCAUUAUAUUUUUUGCUGAUGAUUUUCUUCAAUUUGAAUUUUGAAUCUAUAAACUCGAAAUUCUUGAAUUAAAUUUGACUUUUCGUAAUUUACAAUUUUUAAUAAAAAUUUGGUUCGAAUUUAUUUUCCAGCUGGUUUUUUCUGAAAAUUUAAUUUUUUCACAAGGAAUCUCGAAAAUCCAGAAUUUCUGAGAUUUUUUGUUUUUUUUUGUUCCGCAAAAUCCAUUUCCUAAUUCUCCGAUGUUUCCAGCGCCAACAUCGUCAACGACAUCGCGCCGCAGCCGGAAGUUCCGGUGUCGCAGUUCCAUCGUCUCGACAAAAUCAAACACCGAAUCGUGUGCCUGUCUCAACCCGCCCAUCCGCUCCACCAAUCACACCAGGACCACCACCAAUUUUGGCCGGACCACCAUUGGUACCAGGAGGACCGCCGAUUCCACUCAUUCCGACUGGUAAGCGAUUAUUGUGAGGGAAGAGGGGUUGUCAGACCUGGGAAUUUUUACGUUUCAAAAUUUCUAGAUGUUUGGAAUUUAGAUUUUCCGAUGAUUGCAUAAUCAAGAUAUAUGAAAAAAAAAUCGGAUAACAACACUACUAUUUCAAUUAUGAUCGAAAUUCCAUUGAAACACAAAAUUUUCUAAAUUUGCCACGUCAUAACUCAUUCGGAGUUAGCCUAACUUGAGUUUUACAAGAGUGAUUUUACCAUUGUCAACCUGUGAAAAUCAAUAAUUUCAGCAUCUGCUUCCGGUCAACCUGCUGUAAUUGUCAUGGAACCACCGCCUCCAUAUUCUGCAGCUGACAUUGGCUCACAAAUGGGCGGCCCAAAACGUGGCCACCGAAAAAAUAAGCGACAAACUGCGGCUGACGCAAAACCACAAAAUGGAAGUGGAGCCCGCAAAAAAUCGGGAAAAUAG